AUGACUGAUCAUGACAUGAAUGCACCUAGAGCCGGCGGCUCCCAAGCUUCUCAUAAGAGCUAUGAAACUCCUCACCCCCCAACUACAGAAAGCGGUUCGAACGAGCACAACUCCUCUAGUAUGAAUACAUCUUCUAGUGUGGGCUCUAACAAUCCUUACGGCUCUGAUUCCCGCUCUGGCAAUGAGCCUCGCACCUAUCGCGACGACUCUGAGAUGGGCAGUCGAGGUGGCCAUUCCAACUCAGACAACUAUGGAUUGGCGGCAACAGGCAGAGAUGACUUAACCAGCGCUGGUCAAGCUAGCUCAAGCGAUCUAAAUGUCGGUCCUCAUGAUUCACGGACGGCGAAUAAGAUGGAUCCUCGUGUGGAUAGUGAUUUGGACAAUCGUGCUCAAUCCGCUGGAGGUAUCAACCCUCAACGUUCCAGCAACGUCCCGGGCAACACAGCCUCUCAAGAACAGCCUCACACCUCAGGUGUCGACAAUCAUCUAUCUAGCGAAGAUGAUUAUAGCAAAUCCACAGAGGAAACUAAAUCUCAGUCACGACCUACCAACUACGACCCUAGGGGUCAACAGACUAGCGAGGAAAGCCACCACACCGCUACGCAUGAGCAUAAAUCCCACUCCGCUACUACGCACAACAUGCCCUGUCAGACGAGUUUGCAAAACGAACAAGGCACUGAUAGCUGA